AAAAACUCCAAAUCCAAUAUGGCUUUGAGGAGUCUGAAGUUAAUGUUCAAUCACAAUUUAAUAGGUGAAGAGUUUUAAAAGAUGUAAAUAUUGUAAAAAUUGAGGGAGAUCGUUGUUCCGUUCGGAGAUAAAAGUCCAGGCCCGGGUUUGGUGUUUAUGUGUCGUUUUAGUGCCGUACUAUGGAAAAAGGACAAGGGAAAAAAAUCGAAAAUCAAACGAAAAUAGUGAACGUCGAUACGUCCAAAACGUGCGUGCAAGAUAAGGGAAAGGAGAUCGAAGAGGAUACCAACUGCAAUUUGACGACGAUCAAAGACAAUUUGCUGUACGAACGUCCCGAACUGCUCGGCUGCGACACCAUCAGCCUGAACGGCCCCAAUAUCAUAUUGAACGGCGUCGAAUGCGAAAACGGACGUGGAGAAAACAUUAAAUGUUGUACACUCGAGAAAAAAAUUAGUUUAAAAGAUUUGAAGGAUUUAGUUUCUAGUCAUUGUCAAACUUGUGUGAACGCUAGUGAAUCUUUAAAAGAAUCGACUCUUGUGUCUAGUGAAAAUAACAAAUCUAAUCCGUCAUUAAAUGACAUCGGAGGUGGAAAUGAAUUUAUUGUAGACAACGGUGUCAACGAUGAAGAGACGGAAGACGACACGAGAGAAGAGCCUUCUUCAAGUCAGCAACAGCAAGACCAGGACCAAACGGCACAGCCCGAAGUCGAGUACGUCUCGUACCAGUCUGAACUUCAAAUGCCGGAUAUCAUGAGACUCAUACAGAGAGAUUUGUCAGAGCCUUACUCUAUUUACACAUACCGAUAUUUUAUUCACAAUUGGCCCCAGUUGUGUUUUCUAGCAAUGGAUAAAGAUACAUGUGUUGGAGCCAUUGUGUGUAAAUUGGAUGUACAUAGGAAAGUAUACAAAAGAGGGUACAUUGCUAUGCUUGCUGUAGAUGAAAAAUAUAGGAAACGAAAAAUAGGUUCUAAUCUUGUGUUAAAAGCAAUUCGUGCAAUGGUCGCCGACGGAGCAGAUGAGGUUGUUCUAGAGACAGAGAUCACAAAUAAACCGGCCUUGAGGCUCUAUGAAAAUCUCGGUUUUGUGAGGGAUAAAAGACUGUUUCGUUAUUAUUUAAACGGUGUCGACGCUCUAAGAUUAAAACUCUGGCUCAGAUGAAAACACAGUUUAUGUGCCAAUAAACCAGAAAUAAAGUAAAAAAAUUACAAAAAGAAAAAAAAAAGUGUCUAUGAAACUCAUAUAGAUCGGAACAAGCGAGAUAUUUAUUAUACCUCUUAUUUAUUGUGCAAGUUUAUUUUUUUCCAAUGUUAUUUUUGAAUUGAACUUACAUUUUAACACCGGGUAACUGAACCACCUGCACCACUGAAAUAACAAGAAUAACAAACCAUCUGUGUAAUGUUUGAUGUUCUAUUAAAUUUGUAUAUAUCUAGUUUUUCUCUCAGCAAAUCUUUUAAGUUAACAAAAUAAAUGAAAUCAGUUUUCAGUUUUAAAUUUUUUUAAAAUUCAGUGGAUAGACUGAAAAAAAUUGCCAUUUCAUAAGGAAAAUGUAUCGCCUAAAUUUUUACACAAAAUUCGGAUAUAAUU